GGUACGUUCAGUCAUCAUCUGAUUACUAUAGCCUCAGGAAUCGGUUCCACAGUCGGUUGACGCGUUGACUUCGGCACGAGGGUAAUUCCUUAGCGGCUAGUUAUUUCGAGUUUUUGGAAUACAAGGAUAUGAUUGAUUUGCUAUUGUGCUGUAUGGGAAAAAAGUUUCGUAAGCAUUGUUAUAGGCUAAUUAGCAUAUAGUAUGCAGUUGACCUGAUUACGAUAAGAUCAGUGUAGUGCAAGGAGCCGUAUUAGAUGUAAAAAGGCUGCUUAGUGGUACUCGAACAUCAGUUCAAUAGCAUGGCAAACAGUUGACAGAUUAUUAACGUCGACGGUGCAAAGUGAGUGUGUCCAAGUGUCUAAUUCCAGUUUGCUAUCGUUGUGAAUUUUAAACUGGAAUACGAUGUGCUUCAUUGAAUAUGCAGAACAAUUCAAGUGGUAAUGCCUUCUGGGAAGGGAAUGGUUUACACGAGCAAAUGGUGCAACCAUCGGAUGCCAACCGCAGCCAAUAUGCAUUCAGUGGUAGCGUUGAAGUGCUAAACGAGUUAGUGUCUGGCGAACAAGAGUUCUUAAGAGAGUCAAACGCUAGUGGAGUAAUUUUCCGAACGACGUCGUAUUCUUCUUAUCUAGCAACGACUGCAGUGCUAACCGGUGGUUCGAACGAAUCGUGGUAUCAUCAAACCACUUACCAGCCAGAAAUCACGCAAAAUGUUCACAGCUACGACAUUGACCAGCAUACCUUCAUUUAUUACGCUGAACUGCUGAGUAUGAUUAACUUCUACUACAUACCGGCGCUGGUGCUUUUCGGAAGCAUUGGAAACGUACUCUCGGUGCUCGUGUUCUUCAAAACCAAGCUCAAGAAGCUCUCCUCCUCAUAUUACCUAGCCGCACUGGGUCUAAGUGAUACGUGCUAUUUGUUCGGUUUGUUUGUACCUUGGCUCAAUUUAAUUGACAUAAAAAUCUACACCUUGGAUGUGUAUUGUCAGUUUUUUACGUUCUUCAGCAAUCUGUGCAGUUUCCUGUCGGUGUGGUUCGUGGUCGCCUUCACGGUAGAACGCUUCAUUGCGGUGCUAUAUCCGCUGAAACGGCAAACCAUGUGCACCGUUAGGCGGGCGAAAAUGGUGAUAAGUGCGUUAACGCUGAUUGGAGUGUUCAUCAGUUUGCCAGUGAUUUUUUUCGCUUCACCACAAUACUCACCCGCCAUGAACGAAACCAUCUGUGAUAUGCCGGAGGAGUACAAAGAUCAGAUGACAGUAUUCAACUAUCUGGACACGAUUCUCGUUUUCGUGGUUCCAUUCACAGCGAUUGUGGUGCUGAACACUUUCACUGCCCUCACCGUGUGGAAAUUUGCCGGUGUGCGACGCACAAUGACAAUGCCCAGAAGCUACGGUAGCAACAUUCGCGAAUCGCGGCGCCAUCAUCAUCAGCUCAACUCCUCCUGCAGCAGCCAGCUGUGCAUGAAUGGCAAUAAUCCCGUUCAGCAGGUCCAUCACUACAGUAGAGGUCGUGUGGCGAACUCGCAAAUAAAGGUCACGAAGAUGCUGCUCAUCGUGUCUACGGUGUUCGUUUGUCUCAAUCUACCAAGUUACGCGGUUAGAGUGAAAAUAUUUCUUGGGACGGAGCAAGCCCACAUCAUGGUGCUGGUGCAAAACUGCUGCCAUCUGUUCUUCAUGACCAAUUUCGGCAUCAAUUUUAUUUUGUACUGCGUCAGUGGUCAAAAUUUCAGGAAAGCCGUUUUUGGGAUGUUUCGUAAGCGCAGUGCGAGGCAAAUAAAUCAGGAACAAGCGUCCGGUACGCAAAUCACAGAGUUCGUACUGCGCACGGGGUCUAAACUGCGACGUAACCCGGCAACCAACAACGAUGCGGAUGGUUCCUGGCGGGAGCUGACCGAAUAUCAAAUCACCAAUUUUGUCAAGUAAAUCCGUUCGUAAUAAUCCACUAAUAGCCGUGUAGGCAGAGGAUAUCUCACGGAUCUCAUAGACCGAAAACUAACAAAAAAGGUUGUCGGCAGCGACGUUCGAAUCUGUCAAGUUGAUGCUAUUUAUAGAUUUACCAUUUUUGAAGGCAAAUAAACCAAGGAGUUUCU